AUGUCGCCCAACGAGCAGAUUGCGAAGCGGCGGCUGCAUGCCACGACAAGGCACCUGGCUGCCACGAGCACGGCGGUCGCCGACUAUCCCACCUCGCACGAGCAGAUCAAGGACGUAGUCGACACGCACAACUUCAUCGACAACGAGUUCGUGCCCUCCAAGACGUCACAAUGGAUCGACCUCAAGGAUCCCGCCACCAACAACAUGGUCACCCGCGUGCCUCAGUCGACCGAAGAAGAACUGAAAGCAGCUGUUGCGUCGGCAGAAAAAGCUUUUCCCAAAUGGCGGGCCACAUCCAUCAUGUCCAAGCAGCAGAUCAUCUUCAAAUUGACGCACCUGAUCCGGCAGAACAUGGACCGCCUGGCCGCGUCCAUCACGCUCGAGCAAGGAAAGACAUUUGCCGACGCAAAGGGCGACGUCCUCCGCGGAUUGCAAGUCUGUGAGACGGCCUGCGGCAUCACAACCCAGCUGACGGGCGAGGUCAUCGAGGUCGCAAAGGACAUGGAGACACGAUCUUACCGUGAACCCCUGGGCGUGACGGCAGCGAUUUGCCCGUUCAACUUCCCGGCCAUGAUCCCUCUCUGGAGCAUCCCUCUGGCGACAGUCACCGGCAACACGUUGAUCCUGAAGCCCAGUGAACGGGAUCCCGGUGCCGCCAUGAUCAUCGCCGAGCUGUGCAAGGAGGCCGGCUUCCCGGAUGGUGUCGUCAACAUCGUCCACGGGUCCGCCAAGACGGUGGAUUUCAUCAUCGACGACCCGGUCAUCAAGGCCAUUUCCUUUGUCGGCUCCAACCGCGCAGGCGAGUACAUCUACACCCGGGGCAGCGCGCAGGGCAAGCGCGUCCAAGCCAACCUGGGCGCAAAGAACCACGCCGCAGUCCUCCCGGACGCGAACAAGAACCACGCCCUGAACGCCCUUGCUGGAGCGGCCUUUGGCGCCGCCGGCCAAAGGUGCAUGGCUCUCAGCACGCUCGUCAUGGUCGGCGAAACCAAGGAAUGGCUCCCCGAGCUGGCCGAGCGCGCCAAGCAACUGACCAUCAACGGCGGCUUCGAGCCCGACGCGGAUCUCGGCCCCUUGAUCAGCCCGGAGAGCAAGAAGCGCGUCGAGGACCUGAUCAAGAGCGCCGAGGACGAGGGUGCCACCAUCCUCCUGGACGGGAGAGGGCAGCACCCUCCCAAGUAUCCCAAUGGCAACUGGGUCGGCCCCACCGUCAUCACGGACGUCAAGCCACACAUGAAAUGCUACACCGAGGAGAUCUUCGGUCCCGUCCUGGUCUGCCUGAACGUCGAGACCACCCAGGAGGCCAUCGACCUGAUCAACGCCAACCCCUACGGCAACGGCGCCGCCGUCUUUACCCGCUCCGGCCCCACGGCCAGCCUGUUCCAGAAGGAGCUCGAGGCCGGGCAGAUCGGCAUCAACGUCCCCAUCCCCGUGCCGUUGCCCAUGUUCUCCUUCACGGGCAACAAGAAGUCCGUCGCCGGGACGGGCCUGGCCAACUUCUACGGCAAGGAUGGCAUCAGGUUCUACACGCAGUGGAAGACCGUCACGAGCUUGUGGCGGGCCGAGGACGCCUUGGCCACCGACAAGCAGGUUGCGAUGCCGACGCACUCUUAG